CUCUCGCUCCAGGCCAUGAGAUAAACCAGGAGAAAGAGAAAGUUUGUAGCUUCACACACAACAAACAACAGUGUGUUUGUAGGAUGCUGGGAUUGUUUUUGGUUGGAGAGGGAAACCAAACCCAGGACAAACAGAGCCACUGCUCACGAACGCUGACGUCAUGGUGACUCAUUUGCCACUGUGCGUGUGUGCGCGCGUGACACCGUGACUCGGCGCUAACAUUGACGGCAUGUCCAUGUCGGCGGAAGAGACGCGACACACGGACGCUGUCUUCACGCAGCUACAGCGGGGGGACAUGUUUGUGGACACAGUAGGUGUCUCCAAAGUGCCGCCAUUUUAGCGCCAUAAAUCUGUCAAAACAAACCUAAGCCAUGGAACCCUCACACCAAAGUUUUAUUUUAACACGUUGCAUGUUAAAAUGUAUCCUGUAAAUCCUUGAAAGCAUCAACUCAUCCACUUAUACAUGUAUGUCUUGUGUCUAAAGCUGCACGAGAUAUACUAAAACAAACACUGUGAUCCUCACACUAUGACAAACUUAAAUGAAAUAUUUUACAUAGCUUAAAUCAAAGCUUAUCGAUCAGUGCUAACACUAACAGGUUUGCAGAACCAUUCUCGUCGUAUCCGAGCAGGUGUCUGCAGUUUCUGAACCGACAGCUUCAAGCAUGAGCAGCACAAACAGGAUUAUAAGCCAGAAACUGUGCUGACAUGUUCUCAACAAAAAGGUAAAGUGCACUUCUAGAUUCAGUGAUUGUUUCCAUGAUGUUAAAACAGGCAGAGCGUUAAUGUAGCAGGUGCCUCCACCUUACCCUCCCGUUGAUUUCAAUGGAUCAACAGAUGCUGUCUGUGCAGCUGCAUUGUCCUGAAAACCUACAACACUGUGGAGAGCCUGGAUUAGAGGAGUGGAGUGGAGACAUCUGCCACGGGUUUGGAUGGAUUAACUGGGGAUGGUGUCUAUGUGCAAAGGGCCCCAAAUUAUCCAUGACAACCUAGAAACUACAGAUUUUGUUUACGUUGACCUGCUUAUAUUGUUUUUUUUUAUCAAAAGUGACGUAUAUCUGACAUCUGCAUUCACCGUUUCACACUAGACUUGUUCUCUUGCCCCAAACACUUCAAAAGCAUGAGUUCUUUGGCCUGAACUCUUGUCCUCUGUUGCACCAGGUGAAAGACAGUCAAGGGCUGAAAAUUGACCUGACAACAUCUGACUGCAUGUGAUUUUUUUUUCUUGAUCUGGUCCUUCCAGCAGUUGUGGGUGUCUUCUGAUUUGAGGCUGGUGUGAACAGAUUAUCCUGUAGUGUGAGGGAUUAACAGGCGUCAUCGGACGCAUCAGAGUCUUCCUAAUUUCAAAUCAUUAUCAUAUUAAACAUUUUUGAUCCCUGCAAUAACCAGUGAGAGCGAGUUGACCGGGAAGCGGUUGUUUGCGUUUUUUUUUGUUUAGAACCGUAACUUGUACAAGCCAAGUUGAAUCCGUCUUCUCAGCCAUGACUUCAUCCACCGCACAAAACUUCGCACACAAAACAGAUACUAACUGACGACGUCAACAGUCUGCCUCCAAUGCAUCCAUAUAUAUUCUGAAGUCACGUUAAAUCACGCACGUUUCUGUGAGAUCCCAAAGUCCCUGGAAUCUCCUCCCUGAAAUCGUUUGAUUAAACGCUAGUGUGUGGUCUGAUCUGGACUGAAUCGCCUAGUCUAUGCUUUCUCAGGAUUAAAACAUUUGAAAAUCAGUCAGGCUUUAAAGGCUAUAUUCAGAUUACCAACUACAUUGUCCAAAUUUGAUUCAAAUCUGAUUCCUUACAGAUCAGUUUUCCACAUUCACAUUGUUAACAAACAUCUGAACAUGACUGUUCUCUCAAACACCUUUUUUUUAAGCCUCAUUAACAACAACAGAAAACCACACUUUAUACACAUAUUUUGUUCAACCACUCCGUAUUGAAGGAUGAGAAAAACAAGAUAAGAUAAUAUAAGAUAAGAUGUACCUUUAUUGAUCUAGAAAAGGAGGACAUUCAUGGUCACAUAUCACAUAUAUAUCUGAUCUGAACAAUAAUUUCAUUUAUUGCUUCUCUCAACAGAAAAGACAGAAAAAUUCAAAAAUACAACAUUUUGCAUUGUAAAUUUGUAAAGUAAGUUAAUAAUGAAUGUGAGCUGUGACGACCCAGUAACUGUUAAAAGUAAAAAGGUGUUUAAUUCCUAAAUUAAACAAUUUAUAUUGAGUAUAAUUUAAAAUACGGGUUUUAUUUUUCUCACUCUGUCACAGAUUGAAAUUAUUCAUAUAUACACACAGGCAAAAGAAACUGAGGUGUUAAAUGACAGACGUUGGAGACGCAGAGGACUCACUAAACGUCCUCAUAGAGUGUUUUCAUUCGUACCUUUUUGACCCUCAAAUAAUAUUAAAACCCUGCUUUUUUACCAAAAAACGCUACAUUACGAAGCAACCCCUCAGCCUACUUGUUUGCAGAUGAUUAAAAGUUAAUGCUAUCGUGCAUUAAAAUAAAAUAUUUGACACAUAACGUCAUUUUCUUUCAUUUAAAACAUGUAACUCCUGAAAUGUGGAGGGUUUUGCUGCGUUCAGACGCAUGGUGUAAAUUUCUAAACAAACACAAAUGAUUCCCCCAAAAGGUUGACUGUGUGCUGUGUGUUUGUAACGUCCCCGAUGACAGGAAAAGAAAACAACAGGGGAAAACACUGAUACAUGACGAGACGUGCUUGUGCGCGUGUGUGUGUGCGUGUGUGUACCUCUCACAGGAAAAGAGCUUUUUCUGGAGCUUUUUCUUCACGUUCCCCAUUCUUAAGAUAAGCUGUGAAAAAAACAAUGUUAAAAAAACAACGAUUAAAAACACAUAAUAUAAGGGAAUUUAAUAUAAUAAUAUAAUUAAUACAAUCAAUAGUGUUUUUUAUUCUACAACAAUUCAAGAUAUACUGAUAUAUUCAGUGUUUCUCCACAUAUAUAUAGUCUUGUUUUAAUGCCGAUAUUAUUGAUAUUGUGAAAUUUACCUUCAUAUUUGCUUUAUUUUACGGUUUAUUGUUUAUGUAUUAUUUGUAGAGGGGAAAUUAUGAUUACAACCAUUUAAUCACAAGCAGCCUUGUAAUAUCAUAUAAUAUAUUCAGUUACUAAGAUUAGAUUUUUUGAAAUUAGAUGUAUUGUGUUUUUGUUCCUGGCACAUAAAUAAAUGAAUCAGUAAUUAAUUAAAGUUUAAGCACUGCAUGCACACACAUACAUGAUGUAUGUUUUACCUCAAAUUGGUGAAAACAUUGCUAAAGUCAAAAUAUAACGGUUUAUUCAACUUUUUACUGAAACAAAAAUCUAAUUAUUGCGAUAUUCUGACAUUGAUAUCAAUAAAUAUUGAUACUGACCCUUACCCUAAUAUAAUAUAAUAUAAUAUAAUAUAAUAUAAUAUAAUAUAAUAUAAUAUAAUAUAAUAUAGGCUGAUGGUUGGUGGUGGUGCAGCGGGCGGGUCCAGGUCAUCAUCAGAUCAGUGUGGGAGGUGCAGAACUUCUUAAAACAGAAAAGUCAGAGGUGAGAGAACAAGUCUGGAGGAGCAGGUCUGUGCUGUUCCACGCUGAGCUGAGCUGGACUGGACUGGACUACACUUAAAGGACUAAUACUAACAUCUGUCUGAGGAUGAAACAGCAGCAAACAACUGCUGCAGCUGCAUGAAAACCAUGUUUCUCUCCAGUGUCUCAAACGUGAAUGUGGGCUCCUCCGGGCCGGAUGAAAUGUUCGAGGAUGACUCGUACUCUCCGUCCUCCCUGUCCUCCUCGUCCUCCUCCUCUGUCCACGCCGUGUCCUCCUGUCUUCAGGGGAAAACCCUGUGCACCUCCUGCGGCCUGGAGAUACUGGACCGGUACCUGCUCAAGGUCAACAACUUGUGCUGGCAUGUGCGCUGCCUCUCCUGCAGUGUGUGUAAGACAUCGCUUGGGCGACACGUGAGCUGCUACAUCAAAGAUAAACAGGUUUUCUGCAAACUCGACUACUUCAGGAGGUACGGCACGCGCUGUGCUCGCUGCGGCCGCAACAUCCACUCGAGCGACUGGGUGCGUCGGGCACGAGGCAGCACCUUCCACCUGGCCUGUUUCUCCUGCACCUCCUGUAAGCGUCAGCUGUCCACGGGAGAGGAAUGUGGACUCCUGGAGAACAGAGUCUUCUGCCGGCCACACUACGAUAUCAUGAUGGAGAACAUCAAACGUGCUAAGGAGAAUGAGCAACCAAAAACAGAGGACGAGGCAAGCAAAGAUGAAUCCAGUUCCAUGCCAAGACCGGCAAAGAGGGCCAGGACUAGCUUCACUGUUGACCAGUUACAGGUAAUGCAAGCCCAGUUUAUCAAAGAUAACAAUCCAGAUGCUCAGACUCUUCAGAGACUGGCAGAGAGAACCGGUCUGAGCCGCAGAGUCAUUCAGGUCUGGUUUCAGAACUGUCGAGCUCGCCAAAAGAAACACGUCAGUCCAAAUUCUAUUCCGUCAACCGUGAUGACGUCAUUUAAUCCCGGUCAGUUGACGCCACCUCUGAUGGAGGAUCUUCAAUAUGCAACCUUUAUUUCUCCAGACACGCCGCUGCUCACUACACUGACUUAUAUGGAUGUUCAAACUCCAGACACAUUUCUGGCUCAGCCACUCGUGUCUCAUUCCCUGACAGAGCUGCCCGUGAGCCAUGCCUGAGUUCUGAGGAGGAACAAAGUCAUUACUCUUCGUUUAAAAAAAAAAAAAAGAAGAAGAAACUACAUAGGUUGGAUACAUUAACUGCUGAGCAAGCAAGCAGCAAAUGAUCAAUUUAAUUUACACUGCCUAACAUGCGAGUAGACACUUUAAAUAUGACUGUUAAGUUCCAGAAUUAAUUUCAUUCGAUCACACAGGGAUUCACAGGUGAGCAUAUGUUUGAAAAUGUCCGAUGAAAUGUUGAUAUUUGUGAAAUGGAACUUUAUGUAAGACAAACUAAUAUGUGUAUGUUAUGAAUUUAAUUUAUUUGGGGGAAAUAUGAGAUAUGGCACUUUUUUUUUGGAAAAUGAUGUAAAAUGUCUUUUGGUUUUCUGCAACAAAAAAAAUAUAUUUUUUUCUAUGUAACUGAGAUAUCAGUUGUCAUUUACAAAUAAUGGAAUCGUAAGGUUUCGAUGUGUAAAGACUACUAGGAAAUGCAUUGUUUGGUUAUACUGUGUAUUAAAGCCACUGGAGAUGG